GCAUUAUAGCUAGCUCUCUCAGUCUCUCCCCUCCAUUUCCCUAUGGCCAAAAACUCACUUUCUUCUAAACCUAAAACUCUCUAUCUCCAUCUUUCACCAACCUUAUAAAUCAGAUCAAACCCUACUCCGCUCUUUCUUUUGUUCUUUCUUUCUUUCUCUGGUGAGUGCAAUUCUUUUAUGAAGAGAAAUUGGAGUGUUUUUUAUUGAUCCAUGGAGAUAAAAGAGGGUGUAAAGAUGGAAGAUGCAUCGGGAAACUCAUCGUUUUCUGAUUACAUAGCGAAUUGUUUCCCAGUACAAAGUAUAUUUGAUUUGAGUAGCGAAGGAGAGAAGAACUCAUUAGGGUUUAUGGAAUUGCUGGGUGUUCAAGACUUGUUCAGUCCUCCUUUAUUUGAUAUGGCAGCACAGCAGGUUCCAUCUCUAAUUGCAACCCAACCACCGAAUCCUACUUCGACGACGAAGAUCGAGUCUCCUGAGGUUUUUAAUCAGCCUGCUACUCCUAACUCUUCCUCGAUUUCAUCAGCAUCAAGUGAGGCUGUCAAUGAUGAACCUAUUAAAGUAGAUGACCAAGAAGAAGACCAGCAAAAAACCAAGAAACAGUUGAAACCCAAGAAGACAACUCAGAAGAGACAGAGAGAGCCGAGAUUCGCGUUCAUGACAAAGAGCGAGGUUGAUCAUUUGGAAGAUGGGUACAGAUGGAGAAAGUACGGCCAAAAAGCUGUAAAAAACAGUGCCUUUCCUAGGAGCUAUUAUCGUUGCACCACCGCCUCAUGUAAUGUGAAGAAAAGAGUUGAGAGAUCUUUCAGUGAUCCAAGCAUUGUGGUAACCACUUACGAAGGCCAACACACUCACCCCAGCCCAGUCAUACCUCGUCCAAGUCUUGGUGGUGCUUAUCUGAGUUCAGGCAUCUCCGCCCGAGCCGCAGCAACUUUUGGUAUGCCAACGCAUAGGACACCUCCAUCUCACUGUCCGCAGCAUCAACAGCCAUUUGCCAAUAGCUUGUCUCCUUUGAACUCGGGCCAUAAUGUUUCCAUUAACGCCAGUUUUCUUCAUGAGAGGCGUUUUUGCACCCCAGGAUCGUCUUUGCUUAAAGACCAUGGCCUUCUUCAGGACAUUUUACCAUUACAUAUGCUGAAAGAAGAGUAGCUUAGAACACCCAUUAC